AUUUUUGGCCCCCUAAAUGCAUUUUUGCCCCCUUGAAUGUCAGAGCUAGAUCCGCCCCUGCAGACAGCGCCCGACUGCUCAAUCAAAGUUUCAAUGGCGGCUUCAACAGCUUUCUUCCGCACCUGCCCUCUCAACCUAUACUCCAUCAAACCCAACAAAGCUACUAUUCUUGCCCAGUUCUCUUCCAUCAAGGUUGCUUCAUCUAACCGAAAUUAUCCAUCUCAGCCCCUAAUUUCCCACUACACGCCUUCCCAGUUUCACGGUCUUGUCACUCCUCUCCGAUCUGCUUCCACCUCUGAUGCAUCCUCUGCUUCCGCCCCAUCUACCACCUUCCAUGGCCUCUGCUAUGUUGUUGGAGACAACAUUGACACUGAUCAAAUCAUUCCUGCUGAAUACCUGACCCUAGUCCCUUCCAAGCAGGAGGAAUACAAAAAGCUCGGCUCGUACGCCCUAUGCGGUCUCCCAGCUUCUUACCAAACUCGAUUCAUAGAUCCUGGCGAAUACAAAUCCAAGUAUUCAAUUGUUAUUGGGGGUGAUAAUUUCGGAUGCGGGUCCUCCCGUGAGCAUGCCCCUGUUGCCCUUGGCGCUGCCGGGGUUUCUGCUGUCGUUGCUGAGUCUUAUGCCCGUAUAUUCUUUCGAAACUCGGUGUCUACAGGGGAAAUCUAUCCUGUGGAAUGCGAGGUGAGGAUAUGCGAGGAGUGUAAGACUGGAGAUGUGGUAACUCUUGAGCUUGGUGAGAGUAGAUUGAUCAACCAUACUAGUGGAAAGGAAUACAAGCUGAAACCCAUUGGGGAUGCUGGCCCUGUUAUUGAUGCUGGUGGGAUUUUCGCCUACGCUAGGAAGACGGGGAUGAUCCCUUCCCUUGCGUAGAAAACUCAACCAGGAUUUUUUAGCGCUCUCAGCUUCCACUUAGACUAAUGAGAGUAACUUCUAUGAUAUUCUUGUGAAGAAGCUAGCUGUUAUCCUACUCAUAGCACUUCUUGAUAUGUCUAAUAGUUGUUCAACAAAGCAUUAUUGUAAGGCUAUGGUUUUCUUGCGGCAAUCGAUGAAUGUUGUCCAACGAUCAUUACGAUGUGCGCUAAUUUAGAUCAUGUAGUGAACAAUAAGUGCCUUGAUUCCUAGCUGCAUUGUCCUAGUAUGUUGGCAGUAUGAUACAUGUUUAUGGCAGCAAAGCAGUGCACCCAAAGGAAAGGCAACAUUAUUUUUACUAUUUCCUUGUUGAAGUCGCAAUGUAGUGAUCAUUACGAUGUGCGCUAAUUUAGAUCAUGUAGUGAACAAUAAGUGCCUUGUUUCCUAGCUGCAUUGUCCUAGUAUGUUGGCAGUAUGAUACAUGUUAUGGCAGCAAAGCAGUGCACCCAAAGGAAAGGCAACAUUAUUUUUACUAUUUCCUUGUUGAAGUCGCAAUGUAGUGAUCAACAGCUUACCUUAUUUGUUAUUUAGUUUCUUAGAAUAGCUAAAGUGAUUACGGAUGUUUUUUUUGGAACAAGGUUGCUUAAAUUAAUAUCAAAGCAUUCAACCAGGGAACAAGAAGAUAAAAGGACCACUUCCAACCACCGACCCUUGAACCAGAUUUAGAGCCAAUCACCCUGGAAAAAGCA